AUGGCCAAAAACGGCCCAUCUCCGCUAAUCCCGCUCCUCUUAGUCGCGGCCCUUGGCCUCGUUCUCCGUGGAAACUCCUUCCCGUUGAGCCUCAAUCUCCCGAACGCCUCGGAGGCCGAAAAUGUAAUUUUCACGUGCUUUUUGUUCGUACCUUUUUUGGCGCUCGGUUAUACAUUCAUGUUGCCUCUUGCUAUACUUUUUGUCGUGUACAUGGUCUCGACAAUGCUUCUUGGUCCUCUUGUGUUGAUAUUGGCCGCGUAUAUAGCGACUAAGUGCUCGACUUUUUUUGGAGGAAACGGGGAAGAACUAGGGUGGGGUUGUUUGCUGCUGCUCGUUUUUUUCUUGCUUCAAUGGGCCUCGAUAGACGAGGGGCGAUGGUCGGGUCCCGUUUUCUUUGUGGCUGUCGUGAUGUUCGUGUGUUGUCAUGUCGGGUCUUGA